AUGGAGUCUCCCAUCACGCGGAGUCCCUCCUCCCAUAGCAUCUACGCGCCCGGUCCACACCGCCGCUCCCAUCCCAACAUACAACAUCUCUCCCUCGCCCCCCUCACACCGCGAUAUCCCAUCGAUCCCGCCGACUACCUCGCGUACCAUGACCCCACCACCUCGACACUGCACACCUCCACCUCGAUCUCACACAUCGCUGCGCUACCGACGCCAGGUGGUAUCCUCACAAAUUCUCCCGCGCGGUCACGCGCGAAUAGUCGGACGCGGCUCAAGCGGAAGGUGAAGAGCCAUGUGAACAUCGCGACGCCGGAUACUGAUGGCGCGCCGAGUGGGGCGGUGGGCAGUGCAGGGUACGGACACAGUGUGCUACGGCCGUUGCAGCCCGGAGGGAGGGUGUCGGGGUCCAAGAGUCAUUCGAAUUUGAACAUCACGACACCGGCAUUCGAGGGCGACUCGUCAUGGCUUGUGCAGACCGGUCUCGCACUCACGGAGAGCUCGAGGGAGAACAAGGGCCAGAGCUGGCUGGGCAAGAGAGAUAGCAGUACGAGUCUGGUGGGCAUGGUCACGGCUCCUGUCAGUCCGGUUGAGGAAAGAGGAAGAGGAGGGCCGACAGGCAGCUUGUCUGUUAUUGGGAGCACGUACGGGAGUGGGACAGCGAGUGGGCUGAAUGUCAGUGCUUAUGUGCGGAGUGGCCGGGCAACGCCAAAUCGCAGUCGCGGGAAUAGUAGAGCCGGUAGUCGGCGAGGAAGCAGAAGGAUGCUCGCUAUGACGCCAGCUUCGCCUACGCUAGGGCGAGAUGCGCCAGCCGAGCAGCCUGACGCGAUAGCAGCUAUGAAGCAGGAGUUGGAGAUCAUCCAGCCUGACUGGGCAGACGCAGAUACAAAAGCUGAAGCGGCGGCAGCAGUACAUAAGCAACCGUAUGGCUACUUCAACUCCCUUCUAGCAGGCUCGGCAACGGAAGAGACAGAAGAUCGCUUUUACGACCUUGAAGAGGAGGACUUGUACGACCUUGACGAAGAAGACGAUGAAGACCCAUACGAGAACAAUGGCUUGGCGGAGCACUUCGAUAACGGAAGUGAUGUGCUUGAUGAGGAGGAGGUUAGGAGAGAGAUUCGCAAGACCGGUGUCAUGGGGAGGUGGUUUGAUGGUGUUGUCGACGCGAUGUUGAUGCUUGAGGGUGAAGAUGGUGAGGCGGACUUCUUGGAUGGUCAGGCCGGCGGGAAGGUGGCUUUCGAUGACGAAGCCAAAGAAGCUGAGGUUCAGACUGGUGGCGAGGACGUGAGCGCAGACGGUAGCAAAGACGAUCUCGAGGAAGCUGAUAUUGAAACGCCGCCCGAGCAGCCGCAGGGUGUGUGGAUGAUGUUAAGUGGUUGGGAAGAGUGGUUGCGAGAUCGAUGGGUUCUUGAUGGACUGGCCCGUAUUCGCCAAUCAUCUCGGACAUCCUAA